CCUGAAGACCUCUGAGACGCAGAGUCUGACUCCUACUUGCAUUGUUUUCUCCUCAAGUCCACAAAGCGAGACGUUGAGAGUCAAGAUGUCACCACCAUGGAGAAUCGCCAUGGGCUGCGAUGAAGCCGGCAUAUCCUACAAAGACGCCAUCAAGCGCGACUUCGAGUCCGACUCGCGCGUCGCCUCCGUCAUCGACGUGGGCUCGCACGAGGGCAGCGACAAGACGGCGUACCCGACGCGGGCGGCCUCGGCGGCGCGGCUGGUGGCCGAGGGCAAGGCGGACCGGGCGCUGCUCAUCUGCGGGACGGGGCUGGGCGUCGCCAUCACGGCCAACAAGAUCAAGGGCGUGCGGGCGGUGACGGCCCACGACAGCUUCAGCGUCGAGCGCAGCGUGCUGAGCAACAACGCGCAGGUGCUGUGCAUGGGCGAGCGCGUCGUCGGCCUUGAGCUGGCCCGUCGCCUGGCCAGGGAGUGGCUGGGGUACGAGUUUGACGCGACGAGCGCGAGCGCGAAGAAGGUGGACGAGAUUGUGCAGCUCGAGGCGUGUGAGGCGUGAUGAUGGCGGAUGAUGAUGAUGAUGAUGAGGCGCCAUAUGGUGUUAAAGGGGGCGGCGUUGCAAACAGAAAAUCACCAACACGAGAGGAGACUUGGCUGCACACGCACACCACGCUUGUACUGUAGGCAGCGAGCGUUGCAUUUCUAGACUCGUACAGUUCUAUAGCUC